UUCGUCAUUGUAUAUUCAUGAGGCGCGCGCAGCCCGCAUGCUAAUGAGGCGGGGCGCGGCGGCGGGCUGAGGAGGUGCUGGGCGGCGGCGGCGGCGGCCGCGGUGAGUUCGGAGCUGCCCAGCGGGAGCGGCGUCUGCGCGGGCCAGCGCGAACCUGGACAUGGACCCACCCGGCGGGGGCCUGGGGCCCGGCCGCGGGACCCGGGACAAGAAGAAGGGCCGGAGUCCCGACGAGCUGCCCGCGGCGGGCGGCGACGGCGGCAAAUCCAAGAAAUUUACUCUGAAGCGGCUCAUGGCAGAUGAGCUGGAGAGAUUCACCAGCAUGAGGAUUAAGAAGGAGAAGGAAAAGCCCAGCUCUGCUCAUAGAAAUUCUUCGUCGUAUGGAGAGGAUCCCAUGGCACAGUCGCUGCACGAUAUCCCAGAUGAGCAAGUCCUGGUCCUCUUUGAACAGAUGCUGGUGGAUAUGAAUCUGAAUGAGGAGAAACAGCAACCUCUUCGGGAGAAGGACAUUAUCAUCAAGAGGGAAAUGGUGUCUCAAUACUUGCACACUUCCAAGGCGGGCAUGAACCAGAAGGAGAGCUCGAAGUCUGCCAUGGUGUACAUUCAGGAACUGAGGUCGGGCUUGCGGGAUGUGCCUCUGCUCAACUGCCUGGAGUCCCUGCGCGUGUCUCUCAACAACAAUCCUGUCAGUUGGGUGCAAACAUUUGGUGCUGAGGGCCUGGCUUCCUUAUUGGACAUCCUGAAACGACUUUAUGAUGAGAAAGAGGAAACUUCUGGAAACUAUGAUAGCCGUAACCAGCAUGAGAUUAUUCGCUGCUUAAAAGCUUUUAUGAACAAUAAGUUUGGAAUCAAGACCAUGCUGGAGACAGAGGAAGGAAUCCUGCUGCUGGUCAGAGCCAUGGACCCUUCUGUCCCCAAUAUGAUGAUCGACGCAGUGAAGCUGCUUUCUGCUCUCUGCAUCCUGCCGCAGCCAGAGGACAUGAAUGAAAGGGUUUUGGAGGCAAUGACAGAAAGAGCUGAGAUGGAUGAAGUGGAACGUUUCCAAACACUGCUGGAUGGAUUAAAAAGUGGUACUCCUAUUGCACUCAAGGUAGGAUGCCUGCAGCUGAUCAAUGCGCUCAUCGCACAAGCUGAAGAAAUUGACUUCCGCAUUCACAUUCGGAGCGAGCUGAUGCGCUUGGGACUGCACCCAGUGCUGCAGGGCCUUCGAGAGAUUGAAAAUGAUGACAUUGAAGUGCAGUUGAAUGUGUUCGAUGAGCACGUGGAAGAGGAUUCUUAUGACCUGAAAGGACGACUGGACGACAUUCGAAUGGAGAUGGAUGACUUCAGUGAAAUCUUCCAGAUUCUCUUAAACACAGUAAAGGAUUCAAAGGCAGAAUCACACUUCCUGUCUAUCCUGCAGCAUCUACUUUUGGUCCGAAAUGACUAUGAGGCCAGACCACAGUACUAUAAGUUGAUUGAAGAGUGUAUUUCUCAGAUAGUUCUCCACAAGAAUGGGGCUGAUCCUGAUUUCAAGUGCCGUCACCUCCAGAUUGAAAUUGAGGGAUUGAUUGAUCAAAUGAUUGAUAAAACAAAGGUGGAGAAAUAUGAAGCCAAAGCUACAGAGCUGGAAAAAAAGCUGGACUCAGAGUUAACAGCCCGACAUGAGCUCCAGGUGGAAAUGAAAAAGAUGGAAAGUGACUUUGAGCAAAAACUCCAGAAUCUUCAGGGAGAAAAUAGUGCAUUGGAUUCUGAAAAGCAGCAAGUUGCCACUGAGAAACAGAACCUUGAAGCAGAAGUAUCUCAACUCACAGAAGAGGUCGCCAGGCUGACCAAGGACCUGGAUAGUGCCCGGAAAGAAGUGGCUUCUCUGGCUGCCGCUGCUGCCGCCGCCGCUGCUGCCGCCGCCGCUGCUCCCCCUCCCCCUCCUUUGCCUGGUGCCACUGACACUGUUCCUCCACCUCCACCUCCACCCCUUCCUCUCGCCGGGGGUGUUGGCAUCCCCCCACCUCCCCCUUUGCCUGGGGCUACUGGCAUCCCCCCACCUCCCCCUUUGCCAGGGGCUACUGGCAUCCCCCCACCUCCCCCUUUACCUGGGGCUACUGGCAUCCCCCCACCUCCCCCUUUGCCUGGGGCUACUGGCAUCCCCCCACCUCCCCCUUUACCUGGGGCUACUGGCAUCCCCCCACCUCCCCCUUUGCCAGGGGCUGUUGGCAUUCCCCCUCCUCCCCCUUUGCCAGGGGCUACUGGCAUCCCCCCUCCUCCCCCUUUGCCAGGGGCUACUGGCAUCCCCCCACCUCCCCCUUUGCCUGGGGCUACUGGCAUCCCCCUACCUCCCCCCUUGCCAGGGGCUACUGGCAUCCCCCCACCUCCUCCCUUGCUUGGAGGACCAGGAAUACCCCCUCCCCCUCCCCCUUUUCCUGGUGGUCCCGGAAUCCCUCCCCCGCCUCCCUGUCCUGGAGGAUUUGGGGUCCCUGCAGCCCCAGUGCUACCUUUUGGAUUAGCCCCAAAGAAGCUUUAUAAGCCUGAGGUGCAGCUCCGGAGGCCAAACUGGUCCAAGUUUGUGGCUGAGGAUCUUUCCCAGGACUGCUUCUGGACAAAAGUGAAAGAGGACCGUUUUGAAAACAACGAACUUUUCGCCAAACUUACCCAUACUUUCUCUGCCCAGACCAAGACCAAGAAGGAUCAGGAAGGCGGGGAAGAAAAGAAAUCUGUGCAAAAGAAAAAAGUGAAAGAAUUAAAAGUGCUGGAUUCAAAGACGUCCCAGAAUCUCUCAAUCUUCCUGGGCUCCUUCCGCAUGCCCUACCAAGAGAUUAAGAACGUCAUCCUGGAGGUGAAUGAGGCUGUGCUGACUGAGUCCAUGAUCCAGAACCUCAUAAAGCAGAUGCCAGAGCCAGACCAGUUAAAAAUGCUCUCGGAACUGAAGGACGAAUAUGACGACCUGGCCGAGUCGGAGCAGUUCGGCGUGGUGAUGGGCACCGUGACCUGCCUGCGGCCUCGCCUCAACGCCAUCCUUUUCAAGCUCCAGUUCGGCGAGCAGGUGGAGAACAUCAAGCCCGAGAUCGUCUCUGUGACUGCCGCUUGCGAGGAGCUGCGCAAGAGUGAGAACUUCUCCAGUCUCCUGGAGAUCAUCCUGCUCGUGGGCAACUAUAUGAACGCCGGCUCCCGGAAUGCCGGGGCUUUCGGCUUCAACAUCAGCUUCCUGUGCAAGCUCCGAGACACCAAGUCCACGGAUCAGAAGAUGACGCUGCUGCACUUCAUCGCGGAGUUGUGUGAGAAAGACUACCCUGAUGUCCUCAAGUUUCCAGACGAGCUUGCCCACGUGGAAAAAGCCAGCCGAGUCUCUGCUGAAAACCUGCAGAAGAAUCUAGAUCAGAUGAAGAAACAGAUUUCUGAUGUGGAGCGUGAUAUUGAGAAGUUCCCGCCUGCCACAGAUGAGAAAGACAAGUUUGUUGAAAAAAUGACUAGCUUUGCGAAGGACGCCAGGGAGCAGUAUGACAAGCUGCAGAUGAUGCACUCGAACAUGGAGACUCUGUACAAGGAGCUGGGCGAGUACUUCCUCUUCGACCCCAAGAAGGUGUCGGUGGAAGAGUUCUUCAUGGAUCUGCACAACUUCAAGAACAUGUUUGUGCAAGCAGUCAAGGAAAACCAGAAGAGGCGGGAGACAGAGGAGAAGUUGCGUCGAGCCAAACUGGCCAAGGAGAAGGCAGAGAAGGAACGGCUAGAGAAGCAGCAGAAGAGAGAGCAGCUCAUCGACAUGAAUGCGGAGGGUGAUGAAACCGGCGUGAUGGACAGUCUUCUGGAAGCCCUGCAGUCAGGGGCAGCGUUCCGACGGAAGAGGGGGCCUCGCCAGGCCAACAGGAAAGCUGGGUGUGCAGUCACGUCACUGCUGGCCUCGGAGCUGACCAAGGAUGAUGCCAUGACCUCCGUCCCCUCCAAGGUGUCCAGGAGCGGGGAGGGAAUCCCCACGAUCCUGGAGGAGAGCAAGGAGCUGGUCGGCCGAGCAAGCUAGCUGGGUCCUGCGGCCUGGCAGCUCCCGACAGCCCUGCCCUGCAGCAUGUGCCUAGAGGGUCAUGGAGACAUUCCUCAGGGGGGCUGCCCCCAUCACCCUGGCCCCAUCUUUCCUCUGGCCUGCUACUCCCUGUCCAUCACACACAGCUUCCGCUGCCUGGAGGCCAGGAGGAAAGGGCAGUGCAGGGAGGCCUGAGCCCACCCCAGCCGGCCCUGGCUGUUGUAUUACCAAAGCAGGCUCGUGUUUGCUGCCUUAACCCCAAGAGUCUCCUCCGUUACUACCAGGCCUCGUCUCCGAGGAGCCCCGCCUGCUUUCCCAGCCCCCGCCCCUCCGCUGGGCUUGCCCCACCGGCAGUCUCGCUGGGUUUGUGCUUUUCUUCUGUGGUGUUUUCGGCCUGACAACAGCAUGGGGCUUGCAAGCCCGCGGGCUUCCCCCCUAUCCCCCCCCCCUCGCCUGUCACCUCUGCUCUGCUCUGCUCUGCCCUCCCCUGGCUCUUAUUUAUUACUAGUGGCGUGGCAUGGGGGGGCUGCUUCUGAGGAAGGGGAGCAGAUCCCACCCUUACCCCCAUCUUCCUGGGCAAUGCCUCAAAAAAAGAAGAAAAAAAAGGACCUGGACCCUUGACCUGUUCUGUGGAGGCCUGGGCCUGAGCCUGUGGGCGGGCAGGCAGGGCAGGGAGCCCCAAGCCUGCGGCCAGCCUCAUGCCCUCACCCCCUGGCACUGCUGCACCAGCCUCUGGCUCCUAAGGCCUGAGCCCUCCUCUUGCCUCCCCGAGCACUGGUGCAUUUUGUCUGGAGUCUGGGCUGGAUCGGGACCUUCCGACACCUCAGCCUUGUCUCCAAGGAAAUGGGAGGUGGAGCCUCCUGGCUGAGAAAAUGUUUUGCAAAUGGAUCUAUUUUUGUAUGAGAUUUUUUUUUUUUUUUUAAAGAAAAGUCAUUUUCCCGUUCCCUUCCCCUUUUCCCCUCCACAAUGCCGAGGCUUUCAGGUCAGAGUCCUGGAUUUCCUCCCCAGAGGCCUCAGUCCUGAAGCAGCCCCUGAGGCCAGCACAGACUGUCCCAGCACCCGGCGUGGGGCCGGAGCGAGCUCUUCUGGGGGGAGGGGACACCCGCAGCCCCGGAGCAGCAGGGGCUGAGACCGGUUUUUAUAAAUGUAAUAUAUUUAUCAAGCCAAAUGUGCAAAUGCUAAUUGAACACUUGGGGGGGCAGGGAGUGGGCACAGGGAGUGUGUCCCCCCCACACACAUACACACACACACACACACACACACACAUGCGUGCGCACACAGCCCCAGUCCUUUGUGCCCCUCUUUGCUUCCUGCUAAGCGUCCGGCAGGCCAGACUGCUCAGUGGUGCCAGCCACAGGAGGCUCAGGUGCCCUGGUGCCCUGGUUGGCCUCCCCGCUGCCUUCUCGUGUCCCUCGCUCCCUUCUCUCAGUGAGGGAGAGGGGCUGGCACCUGAGGCCUGGGUGUGCUUCUUCCGCAGAGGGGAGUGGGGGGCGGGAGGGGUCUAGUGGCCGGAGCCUGUGCAGGGGCAAGUGCGGCUCCUCUGAGCUCUUCCCGGGAAGACUGUGUAGUAGAGGGGACUGCUGCUUCCCUGGGUCCCCUCCUGCUAUCUCAUGGGACUUUGACCCUUCUUUUUUAAUCUACUUUUACUAAAAUGCAUUUAUUAAAAAAGAAAAAAAGGGAUAAAAUGUAAAAUUAUUUCCCUCGCCUCUUAGGCUUAAGGGAUUAUCAUCACAUCCAGUUUGUUGGGUUUGUUUCCAACUGUUAAUAAAGUGUUGGAAUAGUG